CGAUAAAACAACUUCAGCAGAAGUCACCAAGACCCAAGCGGUUAGCAAGGCGAUAAAAAGCCUUUCUCUCUCUUGGUCAGUGACAUCACGAACUCGUCGACGGUAGAGAGAGAGCAGGCUCUCCGGCGAUUUGAGAAGAAACGGGUAGCGAGAGCGCGUGGGUGUGUGUGAGAGAGAGCGCGAGGAGGAGCUGGGACUUGGAGACUGCGCCCGGGGGGCCAGGGUCACGGAAUCCUACCACUACCAACCCUAGCCUCCGUUGAUCGCCGUCUCCGGCCAUGGCAGGGCCGGCGCCGGAUCGGGCCGCCCUGACUGUGGGGCCGGGCAUGGACAUGCCGAUCAUGCACGACAGCGACCGGUACGAGCUCGUGCGCGACAUCGGCUCCGGCAACUUCGGCGUUGCCCGCCUCAUGCGCGACCGCCGCACCAGCGAACUCGUCGCCGUCAAGUACAUAGAGCGCGGCGAGAAGAUAGAUGAGAAUGUCCAGCGUGAGAUAAUUAACCAUAGAUCAUUGAAACACCCUAACAUUAUUAGGUUUAAAGAGGUUAUUUUAACACCGACCCACCUUGCUAUUGUCAUGGAAUAUGCCUCUGGUGGUGAGCUUUUUGAGAGAAUAUGUAAGAACGUGCGAUUCAGUGAAGAUGAGGCUCGCUACUUCUUCCAGCAGCUCAUUUCAGGAGUAAGCUACUGCCAUUCAAUGCAAGUAUGCCACCGUGAUCUGAAGCUGGAGAACACACUUCUAGAUGGGAGUGAUGCUCCUCGCUUGAAGAUAUGUGACUUCGGCUAUUCCAAGUCAUCUGUUCUUCAUUCCCAGCCGAAGUCCACUGUUGGAACACCUGCUUAUAUUGCACCUGAAGUUCUGUUGAAAAAAGAAUACGAUGGCAAGAUUGCUGAUGUUUGGUCAUGUGGUGUAACCCUCUAUGUAAUGGUUGUUGGUGCAUAUCCUUUUGAAGACCCAGAAGAGCCUAAGAACUUCCGCAAGACAAUUCAGCGCAUCUUGAACGUUCAGUACGCAAUUCCAGACAACGUGAACAUAUCUCCAGAGUGCAGGCAUCUAAUUUCGAGGAUUUUUGUUGGAGAUCCUGCUAUGCGAAUAACAAUCCCUGAAAUCCGGAAUCAUAGUUGGUUCCUGAAGAACCUUCCUGCUGAUCUGAUGGAUGAUGAUAGCAUGAGCAACCAAUAUGAGGAGCCUGACCAGCCAAUGCAGACCAUGGAUCAGAUCAUGCAGAUUUUGACAGAGGCCACCAUACCACCUGCCUGUUCUCGCAGUAUAAAUGUCCUAGCUGAUGGAUUGGACAUGGACGACGACAUGGAUGAUCUUGACUCUGACUCAGAUCUUGAUGUUGACAGCAGCGGUGAGAUUGUGUACGCAAUGUGAGUAACCAUCUCACUAGUCAACCAAAGAACCAAUCAGGCAUGGGAUGCCCUGAUGUUGUAUACUCUGGCAAAGAGCUAGCAUCCUUUUGUGAAAAAUCUUCCUGUAGUCUUCUCAGCGAAUCGCAACCUGUUCUGUGGAACACAGAUGUAGUCAAACUGGGGUUACUCAGCUUGUAAAACUAGCCUCCUCUUGCUUCCUGGUUACUGAGGUUUGGAUACUCCCGGGUUCGACCUGUGUGUUACUGUUAAAUAUGUACAAGAAACUUCUACUCAUGUUGAUCUGUCAAUUUGGACUCGGGUAGUGGUUUUGCUCA